GGACAUACGAAUGUGAGAUUUCCCCCUUUCCUUCCCGAGCCACCGAACACAAUCUUUGAAGUGUAAUUAAUUGUAUCAAACAAAUUUUUCCCACUUUUUCCACCUUACUUGCGUCAUUCAUUUCUAUCUUCUUUGAAUCCUUUUCCCUUCUUCCUCUUCUUUGUUCUUAUCUACAAAACCAUGGGCGAUCAUGAUCUUCUCACCUCGUUGAAUCAUUUCAUCAGGAAACUACCCUCAUCACCUUCUUUGUUAAUUACGAGUUAGGUAGGUCUAAUUCACCAACUCGGAAUAUGUUGAAAACGAUCCAGAGAUCACAGUAACUUAGGAGGGGUUGAUUCGAGUAUGUUAUUAGUGAAAUUUGAGCUUGAUUGGAGUAAUUAAUACUUUAAUGACUGCUGUGGUUGGGAGAAGUACAAAUAUGUUGGAAACUCUAGUUAAAGAAGGAGCAUUCAGCUGGAUUCUGGGUAAUAGGAAUUCAUUUGAUGAAGACUUUGAAGAGAUGAGUAAAUCACCAUCCUCUAGGAAGAAUUGGUUGCCUGAACUAUCUUCUAAAGCGAAUUUGGUUGUUCGUCGCUGCUCAAGACUCCUUGACAAAUCCCUGGAUGAGUUGCAAGAAUGUUUUGAUGCUGGAGCUUCGGAUUCUGUAAAGCAUCCAUCUUGUCGAGCAAGGAACUUUUUAGAGUAUUGUUGCUUCCAGACUCUUACUCUGUCUACACAAGUGAAUAAUAGUCAUCUUGGGGAUAAGAAGUUUCGGCGUUUGACUUAUGACAUGAUGUUAGCCUGGGAAGAUCCUGCUGCUACAUCUCAACCUUCAAUAAAUGUGGAUCAGGAGUGCACAGUGGGAAGAGAGGCUUUCUCUCGAAUAACACCGGCAGUUCCAACCAUAUCUGAUGUUAUUACCUGUGAGAAUCUGUUUGACUUACUUACAACAUCAACUGGAGGUCGGCUUCGCUUCUCAGUUUAUGAGAAGUACCUAGGUGCAUUAGAGAGAGCAAUAAGAAAAAUGAAGACCCAGACAGAAUCAUCUCAUCUUUCUCUCCUCCGUUCUCCGAGAGAGGAACGGAUACUUGAAUUAGAUGGCACUGUUACUACACAACCAGUUCUCGAACAUUUUGGUGUUUCUACUUGGCCUGGCAGAUUAACUCUGACAGAUCAUGCACUUUACUUUGAGGCUCAUCGAAUGGUGUCAUUUGAAAAGGCUAAAAUUUAUGAAUUAUCAGAAGAUUUAAAACAGGUUGUUAAACCUGAAUUAACAGGACCAUGGGGAGCACGUCUUUUUGACAAGGGAGUCAUGUAUAAAUCCGUUUCCUUACCUGAGCCAGUUGUAAUGGAGUUCCCAGAGCUGAAAGGUCAUUUCCGUCGUGACUAUUGGUUAGCAGCUAUCCGAGAGAUCGUGUAUGCCCAUAAAUUCAUCAGAAAGUUCAACAUAGAGGGAAUUGAUCGAGAUGAGAUACUUCUGAAAGCUGUCAUUGGAAUCCUGCGAGUACAAGCUGUUCUAGAAAUAACCACUACAAAGCCUGUUCGCACCGAGACACUUCUUAUGUUCAAUGAAUGUGAUCGACUUCCUGGAGGUGACUUGAUACUUGAAACACUUGCCACUACAAUGUCAACAUCACAGGAACUGGAUAGGGAAAAUCACCUGAAUGCUGAAAACACAACACAUUCCAUAUCAACAUUGACUAUGGUGUCAAACUGCGUAUUUGGAGCAGAAGUUCCUGAUAAACCAAGACUGUUUGUGGGUGAGAUAGUUGUAGGGGAGAGGACACCUUUAGAACGAGCUGUUAGUGACUCCAGAAACAGUUUUAAGAAGGUAGAACUGGCACAAGCAACAGUUGAUGGAGUUAAAGUAGAGGGUCUUGAUACCAAUUUGGCCGUAAUGAAGGAGUUACUCUUUCCUGUAUUGGAACUAGGGAAGUAUCUUAAUUUCCUGGCAUCCUGGGAUGACUCAAUGCAGUCUUUCGCGUUUUGUUCUCUGUUCACUUUCGUCGUCUGCCGGGGAUGGCUGCCUCAUGCAUUUGCUCUGCUGCUUCUAUUUAUUGCAAUUUUUAUGUUGCUUACACGUUGGUCUAAUCAAGGGAGCCCUGUUGAUGAGGUCAAGGUAACUGCCCCUCCAUCAAUGAACACGAUGGAACAACUCUUAGCGGUUCAGAAUGCGAUUUCCCAAGUCGAAGCUUUCAUCCAGGACGGAAACAUUUCUCUCCUCAAGUUGAGAGCUUUGUUCUUAUCAGUGUCACCCCAGGCCAGCGACAAACUUGCAUUGGCUUUAGUUCUCCUGGCGUUAACGCUGGCCUUGAUACCCAGCAAGUACAUAUUUCUCUUGGUAGUUUUGGAAUCAAAUACUAGAUAUUCUCCGUUACGGAAACCGAGCACUGAGAGAUGGAAGAGGAGAUUGAGAGAGUGGUGGUACAGCAUUCCAGCUGCUCCUGUUGUACUUGCAAGGCCACCCGAAGAUCAACAAAAGAAAAGGAAAUGAAAUGGAUCUUUAAUAAACUCAAGGUAUAAUCGAAGCAAUCAGUCUGUUGUAUGACUAUGUACAUAUAUAAUUAUGAUGUAUUUCCAGUUUUGUUUUCUUGGCUUUUGGAAGUCGGUGGCAUCGGCGAGAAAAAACUGUAAACGAAUGUGAGUCUAUGUUACGUAAGAAAAAGAAAGGAAAGAAAAAUUCUAAAUUAUCAAAAUUGUUCAGAUUGUUUUGAGAGCUCAAUCAGAACAGGCUAUGAAUGUAUUCCAUGCCCAUGGUUAACUUCAGCCAAUGUAGAAUAAACUUUUGAAA